AUGUCAUUCCGAUCAAGUUUGACUAAACUUGCACAGGCUCACCAACAUACCGCAAACGCAGACGACUAUUUGUCGAAAGGAUUGAUUGUGCUAGCUGCAGAAGAGCACUUUAAGGCUGCAGAAGCUUAUCUGGCUGCUAUAGAGCGUAGCCACGACGAAUCUGCCAAGCGUACCCUUCGAAGGCUUCACGACGAGCAUUGCAAGGCAGGGAAGGAGUUACAAAGAAAAAUUGAGAAAUUAAAGAAUGAAGGAAAGGAUCCCGCGUUACCUCAGAAAGCAGAAUCAUCAAGAGCGCCUCCACUCCGUCAGCACUCCAGCUCGUAUUUAGCGGGUUCGCCACGCAUCCACUCAUCUUCCCCGCCGCCCCAUCGGCCCAUGACAGACUCUCAGAAUGCAGUCGACGAAUCUUUCAUGCUUCUGGGAGGACAGCGAUCAGAUCCGGGAGAUGCAUUCAAUCAAUUUUGGAAUAUCAUGCAAGGAAUGUUGGAUAACCUAUCUCAACCCGUUGCAUUUGCGACUGUCCCCAUGGGUAACCAAGAUCCAUCUACAAGUGGGCCGACGUCCGGCACGAAAACCCCUCCUGCGAGAGAGGGGCUUCGCAAAGACAAUAGUUUUAGUAGCGAUACUGACUAUGAAGAACCAAUGCUAUCACGCUUUACCAGGCGAAUGGGAAUAGGGUCAGUCCGCGACAGUGGUAAACAAAAAGCGACACCUCUAGACACUGAAGGCUUCGAGGAUGAUGAUUUAUUGGAUGAAGAAGGCGAUCACCUUUCUGAAUCAUUUUGCUUGAUACCUUCUGGCGAUGAGCCAUCUCCUGCCGCGCUCAAGAAAGAAAACACCUCACUGAGAGCAGAGACAGCUGCCCUGCAGAAACGCUUAAAAGCGACUGAGCGAAUGUUGCAAAUGCGGAAAGAGCAAGAUGUUCACCUGCGUGAUAGUAUCUUCCAGGCAACACGGGAGGCGCAACGCGCCAUGGGAACAUCGGGAUUGCUACAGCGGCCUGCUCUCGAUCUCAACGCUCUCAAUAAUAUACCAGCUGUCCCUAUACCAGGCAUGAAUACAGGCAGAGAAGCACAAUAUGCCCGGAGAGUAAAAGAGCUCGAAGAUGAGCUACGCGCGGUUCGAGCGGAGAAUGAGAAACACAAACUUAUGAUAACCAAGUUUCGGGAGCGCUGGGAAAAGCUGAAGGAAUCGGCUAAACGCAAGAAAGAAGCUAAAGUAGCAGCUGAGGUCGCCACAGCCGGUGCGAGAGAUCGCAUAGUCGAGGAACCCGAGGCUGAAGAGGAGUUAGACGGCGCGACUGAAUCGUAG